AUGGCAAAAUCAUAAAGAUCUAAGGUUAUGCGUAGAUGGAGAUCACUCAAAAGAGAGCAUCUCCAAAAUGUUAAAGUCAAUUAAGAUCUUAAUGAAUUAAAUUAAAAAUUAGAGGCUACCAUACAAAAUAAAUUUCAAAGACCUACUCAACCCAAAAAUAUGUUUCUACAUCCAAAUGACCCAUCUGCUUAAAUUCCUAAAUAUAAACCUUAACCUAUUGUUGAUUUUAGAAGUUAAUCUCUACCCUACACAGCCACUUAAUUUGUUGGAGCAAGAAGAAAGCCAGUUCAGGAAGUAGUUUUCAAGCCAGAACCUGAAGUUGAUGAAGAAAUUGAAAUGAAUGAUUAACCAUAACAUGAAUAAGUUCAACAUGAUGAAGCAGAUGAUUUGAUUAAUGCAAUGGAAGGAGUCAGAGUCAAAUCCAAAAGAGAAGUCAGAAGAGAAAAUAAAGCCAGAGCUAUGGAAGAGAUCAUACCUUUAACAAAAAAUAAAUAAAUCAAAAAAAAUAGAAGAAAGGAAUAACCUGCAAGAAAAUCAAAAAAAUUAAUUACCUUUUGA